AUGGAGAAACCUACAGCAACACUUCUAUAUUCCCUACUUAAAGAUGGCGAAAAACGACCCCUUGAAGACAUAAUUACCGAUUUCUCCCUAAAAAUCCCUAAAUCAUUUCACAAAGAAAUCUGUUCAGCACUUGUCAUUCUUCUAGAAGACACCACAAAAUUCUUAAAAUACCCUGAACGUUUCGUUGCAUUCGCUUUACUUCACCACUCACAUUCCACCCCAAAUUCACGCAAUAACCCCUACCUUUCUUUCCUCCUAAACCACGCAAAUGACCAAAAUACCCUUCCGUCAGAACGCGCAUUCCUCCUCCACCUCCUCUCCUCUCCCGAGCCCAUAAAACUCUCUCCGGCGGAUUUCAUCGACAAAUUCGACCCCUCCACCCACUCCUUCCCCGACCCACCCCUGCCCGAAAAGUCAAACCCCUGCCCGUUGACUUCCCUCUUCAAAAACACUGCGAUAAAAAACGCGAUUCCCGAUCCCGACACCUCGGUCAACUCAGAGUUUGACUUCCGUUACCGCGAUGAGGUGGUGACCGGACUCCUACAAACCUUAUCGUUAGACAGUCUGUAUCCGCGGUGGGCCCGCCAGGGCCCACCGCGCCUCCCGGUGCUAUCCAGUGAGCUCGUCUGGGUCAACCCAGACCCAGACGUGACCCACGAACCGCUUUGGGACACCGCGAUGUGUGCGGACACAAUUCGCGGUGCAGCGGUUCGUAACCUAAUUUCAAAAUACGUAAAAGGUUCGUUUGCUCUCUCACAAGAAGAAAAAGUUUUGUUGGAAGUAACUUCGGGCCCACAACUAUUGUAUUAUUGCGGUUUAACCACUGGGAAGCUUCCGGAAUUUGUGGAGAAUAAUCCUUUGAUAGCGGCUGAGGUUUUGAUAAAACUAAUCAAGUGUCCUGAAAUGUCGGAGUAUUUGAGGGGUUUGUUGAAUAUGGAUAUGAGUGUGCAUUCAAUGGAGGUGGUCAACCGGUUGACUUUGGCGGUUGAAUUGCCGACUGAGUUUGUACACAUGUACAUAACUAAGUGUAUGUCGAGUUGUGGGGAUAUUAAGGAUAAGAACAUGCAGAAUCGGAUGGUGAGAUUGAUGUGUGUGUUUUUGAUGAGUUUGAUUCGGAACAAGAUUAUUAAUGAUGAGGAUUUGUUGAUUGAGGUUCGGGGGUUUUGUAAGGAGUUUUCGAGGGUUAAGGAGGCUGCGGGGUUGUUUAGGGUACUUAAGGUUUUGUAA